GGAUCCAAUCGGCGACGUGCUUCAGGAGAUGAUGGUGUUGGUAGACCUACAAUGGGUGCUCUCUCUUCGCACCAUGUGGGUUUAGUGGACCGACGAUGGGUCGUGUUCUUCUUGGAGGAAGUUGGGGCUGCUGAUGUUUGCGAAUUGGUAGGAUUCAGACACAGGAUUCUGUUUUUUUUUAUUUGUAAAUUCUGGCUUGAACCUGGAUCAGAGGCUCUGGGAAACAGCUGCGCUGCUGCGUCAUUCGUGUUCCUGUGCUAGCUUAGAAAGUCGGCUUUGUUCUUUUGGAAUUAGGUUGAUGGGAGGGUGUUCAGUUUCCAGAAUAACGCAGUUUUAAAUGUGCGCUUUUGUGUGCUGGAUGAAGGACUGCGUGUUUACACCGUCUGUCCUGCAUGACUCAGGUAUUAGUUGCGGCUGUGCCCACAGAGAGCCGUGCUCAAGUCAUUUGAGAUGGAUACCCAAGCUCUGCUUUAGGAUCUUGUUAUGGUCUUGAUAGCAAAUGCAUCGAGUAAUUCCUCGCAAAGUCUGCAUGAGUUCGCGUCAGGUUCUUGCUUCGCUUGGCUCGAACGGAGAAUAACCGGAUUGUUCAAUACAACCGUGCAUGGUUUGCAACAAUAGAAAAUUGUUAAACUCAAUUUUCAGCGCGUUCUGACGUAACUUGAAUUUCAGCGGUCAACCUUUGACGCUCUGUACAGCGCCGGGUUGCCAUGCAGAAGUGAGGGAUUAAGUGUUGAAGGUCAAUGCCACGAAGUGUUGUACUAUCAGAGACGUUAAGUGGUGCCUGGGUAACGCGGCACAUUUGUAGGAUUGGAUUAAUUACAUCUCGAUCGUUGCAAUUUGGAUUAGUAGCCUGGGUUGCUCUCAAGUCCAAGUUUUGGUGCAGGUUGAUAUUAGUUAGGAAUUCGAGCUGUAGGAAUUUGACUAUGUUGGAGAUUUAGGAACAGCAGAUUAGCAUCCUUAGACCGAAAGCCAUAGCUAGUUCGGCUCAGCCCGGAAGCUUUGCAUUCCAGAAGCAGUGCAUACGUGUUGGAGUAACGAUAUUUGGAGGUGAUUUGAGUGGGGAGUUGUGAGUUGCGGGGGGGCUCGUUUGAUUGGGUAGGAUGGAUCGAGCGGCAGCCCAAACAAUGGUGGAGAGCGUGCGUCAUCCACCGGCGUUGUACUGGGGUGUGAUCUCUGCUGCCGCGUUGUGCUCCGUGUGGGGCACCUUCGCAUUGGCCAAGCGCAGCAAGUUUGAACGCAAUCAGAGAAAUGGCCGCGCCCGUGUCAAUCCAAAAGUUGCAUUCAAGCAACUUCGUCGGAAAUAUGCCACGAAGCUGCGGCUAUUUCUAGGGGAUCUCGUGUAUCUGACCAUGUUUAUCAUCGAUCUCCUAGUGGGCGUCAUUUAUUGGAUUAUGGAUUUAUUCCUGGAGCACAGAUCAUCACAACAGCAGAGUAUUGUCAUCAGCAGCGUUUUGUCCCAGUCUGUUGAUUACGAUGAUUUGAAGACGGCUUACGACGCAGAGGCAUUGCAUGGGAGCCAAGUUUUACAAAGACCGCCGCGUAGAGGUGAGAUUAAGAGGAUUAGGACGCGCUGGGUGUGGGAUUGCUCCAAUUCGAAGCCUAUACCCCGACGGAGGUGCGAGUGCUGGGGAUGGAGAGUGAAGGAUUUGUUGCCGGAGGAGAAAUUGGGUUCAAAUACAUCCAAAGACGACCAAAUAAUUUUGCCACAGAGCCAGUCAAUUGAGUUGAGAGACGAAAUCCGAAACGAACUUGAAGAUAAUGUUGUGGCGGUUGGCACACGCUCACAGGAAGGAGAGAACGGAGCCGUAAUUCGGCCUCGGUGGUCCGAAUGUCAUUGCAGCCAGUGUGCCCCGCUACUGAUGCCCAUGCGUGUUGCAUCAGACAAGUUGUAUGUGAUGAGCGAAGAGACUUACUCAGGAAAGCAGGGAGAGCUCUCAAGCGUAGCAUGUUCGGCGUCACCGAAUCCCUCGAAGUCAGCUGCCGGGUGUCCGUCCCACGAUGUCACUCAAGGAAAAGAACGCACUGCGGUGAUCUUUAUCCACGGCAUGUUCAGCUCCGCCACAUUUUGGUUCGACACUGAUAUAGUUUCCAAUUUAUCACACGAAGUGAAGAAUCAGCAUCUCAUAUUAGCGCCAGACCUUCUAGGAUGUGGACGAAGUCCACGUCCUGUUGACAGUCUCUACACCCUUACAGACCAAAUUGAAGCCAUAGAGAAAUCCGUUAUACAGAAAUACAAGUUAGAGAGCUUCCACUUGGUGGGGCACUCCAUGGGCUCGAUCAUUGCCCUUGCACUCGCUGCACGCUGCCCUCGGAGGGUUAGGUCAAUUACCCUGAUUGCGCCUGUGUAUCCUCCCAGCUGUCUAAACGAGGACGGGGAAAUUGCACAUGUCCCAUGUGAUGCCUUCUUCUCCUUCCUCGAUCCGCUAACAUUGAAAGGUAUCCGUGCGCUCACUGUUUGCAAGUACUAUAACAUCAGCCGACUUCUAGGGCAUUUAUUCUACGCGAAACAUACGUUCUGGGUGGAUCGCUUCCACAACCUCAUUGGCAAAAAGAAAGAGUAUCCAAGAUCAUUUAUCCACGAUUAUCUUACAAACUACCAUGACGCUGCUUGGCAUAUCGCUCACAACUCCUUGCUGGCGGGCACACAUGCUGUCAUUCCAGCAUUGAUAAAUCUCAGGGAAAGUGGGCACCAAGUUCUCGUCAUUCACGGUGAGAUUGACACAUCGAUCCAGUUCCAUUUGGCAGAAGAGAUGAGCCGCACUUUCUCGAACGUGAAGCUUGUGGGAGUGCCUGAGAAAGGGCAUGUUGAUGUGGUCUGGGGUCGGGCCAAGGAGAAUUCGUCUUUGAUCGAGAAGGCAAUCCGUGACGGAGAUGCCCAGUGGUCUAGAUCGAGAUAGUUCAGAGCUAGCUGGGCGCUCAUGUAGCAUCUACAAUGAAGAGAUCAUUGAUGAGCAUUUAUUGUAACGCUAGUGAAUUCUUUCAUCACCCCCUCGCAGAGAAACUCUGUAGGGACUCGGAGUGAUUGAGUUCUAGUGCUAGGAACAUCAGCACUGAAGUGCAAAUGUAGUUACUCAUACUGCAAGUGUAAAUAUUUUUAUUUUAGAUGAAUGCAAAUGCAUACUAUCAACACCUAGUGUCGUUCUUGAAUA